UUUUUCUCUCGUUUGUGUUGAGUAGGUAGGUCUACUUAGCCAUGGCACGAACAAAGCAAACUGCUCGCAAGUCCACCGGCGGCAAAGCGCCGCGCAAGCAGCUGGCCACCAAGGCGGCUCGCAAGAGCGCUCCGGCCACCGGUGGCGUCAAGAAGCCCCACCGCUACCGCCCCGGCACCGUGGCCCUGCGCGAGAUCCGCCGCUACCAGAAGUCGACCGAGCUGCUAAUCCGGAAGCUACCUUUUCAGCGCUUGGUACGGGAGAUCGCACAGGACUUUAAGACCGAUCUGCGCUUCCAGAGCUCGGCGGUGAUGGCGCUGCAGGAGGCUUGCGAGGCCUACCUGGUGGGGCUAUUUGAGGAUACCAACCUGUGCGCCAUUCACGCCAAGCGCGUCACUAUUAUGCCUAAAGACAUCCAGCUUGCGCGCCGCAUCCGAGGGGAGAGGGCAUAAAUAUUUUCCUAUCAGCCCAAGAAGUCUGUCCAAC